AAGUCACACAGGUGAGAAGCCAUUUUCUUGCUCUGAUUGUGCGAAGUGUUUUAUCCAGAAAUCACAUCUUGUUAUACAUCAGAGAAGUCACACAGGUGAGAGGCCAUUUCCAUGUUCUGAGUGUGGGAAAUGUUUUGCACGGAAAUCACAUCUUGUUGCACGUCAGCAAAGUCACAAAGAUGAGAAGCCAUUUCCAUGUUCUGAGUGUGGGAAAUGUUUUACACGGAUAUCACAUCUUGUUACACAUCAGAGAAGUCACACAGGUGAGAAACCAUUUUCUUGCUCCGAGUGCGGGAAAUGUUUUACACAGAAAUCACAUCUUGUUAAGCAUCAGCGAAGUCACACAGGUGAGAAUACAUUUCCAUGUUCUGAGUGUGGGAAAUGUUUUACACAUAAAUCACAUCUUGUUACACAUCAGAGAAGUCACACAGGUGAGAAACCGUUUUCUUGCUCCGAGUGCGGGAAAUGUUUUACACAGAAAUCACAUCUUGUUAAUCAUCAGCGAAGUCACACAGGUGAGAAUACAUUUCCAUGUUCUGAGUGUGGGAAAUGUUUUACACAGAAAUCAGAUCUUAUUAAACAUCAGAAAACUCACACAGGUGAGAAGCCAUUUCCAUGUUCUGAGUGUGGGAAAUGUUUUGCACGCAAAGCAGAUCUUGUUAAACAUCAGAGAACUCACACAGGUGAGAAGCCAUUUUCUUGCUCUGAAUGCGGGAAAUGUUUUACACAGAAAUCAAAUCUUGUUAAACAUCAGCGAAGUCACACAGGUGAGAAUCCAUUUCCGUGUUCUGAGUGUGGAAAAUGUUUUGCAUACAAAUCAGAUCUUGUUAAACAUCAGAGAAGUCACACAGGUGAGAGUCCAUUUCCAUGUUCUGAGUGUGGGAAAUGUUUUACAUAUAAAUCAUAUCUUGUUAGACAUGAGAGAAGUCACACAGGUGAGAAGCCAUAUUCCUGUUCUGAGUGUGGGAUAUGUUUUACAUGGAAAUCAGUUCUUGUUAUACAUCAGAGAAGUCACACAGGUGAGAAGCCAUAUUCCUGUUCUGAGUGUGGGAAAUGUUUUGCACUGAAAUCACAUCUUGUUCCACAUCAGAGAAGUCACACAGGUGAGAAGCCAUUUUCCUGUUCUGAGUGUGGGAAAUGUUUUUCAUCGACAUCACAUCUUGUUAUACAUCAGAGAAGUCACACAGGUGAGAUGCCAUUUUCCUGUUCUGAGUGUGGGAAAUGUUUUUCAUCGACAUCACAUCUUGUUAAACAUCAGAGGAGUUACACAGGUGAGAAGCCAUUUUCCUGUUCUGAGUGUGGGAAAUGUUUUUCAUGGACAUCAGAUCUUGUUAGACAUGAGAGAAGUCACACAGGUGAGAAGCCAUAUUCCUGUUCUGAGUGUGGGAAAUGUUUUACACAGAAAUCAGCUCUUGUUAUACAUCAGAGAAGUCACACAGGUGAGAAGCCAUAUUCCUGUUCUGAGUGUGGGAUAUGUUUUACACAGAAAUCAGCUCUUGUUAGACAUGAGAGAAGUCACACAGGUGAGAAGCCGUAUUCCUGUUCUGAGUGUGGGAAAUGUUUUGCACACAAAUCACAUUUAGUUAUACAUCAGAGAAGUCACACAGGUGAGAAGCCAUUUUCCUGUUCUGAGUGUGGGAAAUGUUUUUCAUCGACAUCACAUCUUGUUAUACAUCAGAGAAGUCACACAGGUGAGAUGCCAUUUUCCUGUUCUGAGUGUGGGAAAUGUUUUGCACACAAAUCAUAUUUUGUUAUACAUCAGAGAAGUCACACAGGUGAGAUGCCAUUUUCCUGUUCUGAGUGUGGGAAAUGUUUUUCAUCGACAUCACAUCUUGUUAGACAUCAGAGGAGUCACACAGGUGAGAAGCCAUUUUCCUGUUCUGAGUGUGGGAAAUGUUUUGCACGGAAAUCAGUUCUUGUUAAACAUCAGCGAUUUCACAGAUGAGAAGCCAUUUUCAUGCUGUGAGAGAAAUAAAUCUGCUCUUGUUGAACAUAUUAGACAUUACCCAAGUACGGAACCAUUUACAUCUUCUGGAGUAUAAUUAUCACUGCCGUCCAAUGUUCCUCAAGGGUGAAUCCGAUCUCUUAUGCUUUAUAAAAUAUACAUGCUACCACUGGGUGAUAUAAUCAGACAUCAUGGCCUGGUCUACCACUGCUAUGCAGAUUGCCUGCUUUUUGCACCAUGUACUGAGAACGUAAUACCAAUCCUAAAUGGUUGUCUAGCUGAGCGCCUGGGGUUGAUGAUGCCAGUUGGCUGUGACUCAGUCUUUGUGAAACAUAAUAGAAGCUCACCAACAAAGGACAAGACUACAGCUUUACCAACCAUCUGGAUUUACGCUUUGGU